AUGAAAUACGUCGCUCAGCACACAUCAAUUCCUGUCCCUAAAGUAUUCAACACCCACUACUACGAUUAUUGGUUCUAUAUUGAAAUGGAGUUUAUCCGUGGAACGAGUCUCGAUAUAGCAUGGAACCGCGCCGAACUAUCGCAAGAUCAGAAGAAGUACAUUACCAACCAGGUUGCGGGAUAUGUUAGCCAGCUUCGGAAACUGGAACCUCCGCGAGAAGGAAUAGUUGCAUCCACAAAUUUCGGUGAGAACGUUGAUCACCGAGUCGGAAGUUGGGGUUUCGGACCAUUUGUGAGCCACGAAGCAUUCCACUCAUACAUUCGAGCGGAUAUCCCUCUGGAUGAAUUAGGCCCAGAGAUCGCAGAAUGCCACUCCCGUCGCUAUCGAAGUUGCUUUACCCAUGCAGACCUCGCUCCUCGGAAUAUUAUGGUGCAUAAUGGCAAGGUCUCUGCGAUCGUUGAUUGGCAAUUUGGCGGCUGGUACCCGGAAUAUUGGGAGUAUACCAAGGCAAACUACGGCGCGAUAGCUCAGCCAGAAUGGUAUAGUGGAUUGGCAAAUGCUUUAGAGAAGAGAUAUGACGACAAGCUUGAAGCGGAACGAGUUCUUUGGAGGCUAUUGGAUGAUCCACAAAUGUUCUGGCGAGGGAGAGAGCAUCUGAUUCAGGGCUUGCGUGACAGCAUCGGUCUCGCAAUGAGAUCUUAUUCGAACGCCUAA